AUGGCCUCCAACACUCAAAAAACUUACAAACUCUCCACUGGUGCUCAGAUCCCUGCCAUUGGCCUGGGAACCUGGCAAGAUGAGGCAGCCCAGGAGGCAUCAGUCCUUGUAGCCCUCCAGACAGGAUAUCGCCAUAUCGAUACGGCAAGAUGCUAUGGCACUGAGGCUGCUGUCGGCAAAGCCAUCCAGAAAAGCGGCAUAAAUAGAAGCGAGAUUUUUGUUACCAGCAAACUGUGGAACAACAAGCACCAUCCUGAUGAUGUUGCUCAGGCACUGCAGGAUAGCUUGGAUGAUCUGGGUUUGGAAUACCUCGACCUAUUUCUGAUGCACUGGCCUUGUGCCUUCAAACGAGGAGAUGAUCCAUUCCCCUCUGACAAAGAUGGGAAGCUGAUAACUGCAGAUAUCGACUACGUUGAUACUUACAAAGCGAUGGAAGAUCUCGUCAAAUCCGGCAAAGCCAAAGCUAUCGGGGUUUGUAACUUCUCUCGGAAGGAAAUCGAGCGUCUUAUUGCGAACGCGACGAUCAAACCGGCGGUGCACCAGAUGGAGCUGCAUCCCUGGCUCCAGCAAAGUGAUUUCUAUGACUUCCACCGCACGCAUGGCAUUCACGUAACGCAGUAUUCCCCCUUCGGCGACCAGAAUCAAAUCUAUGGUGCCCAAGAGAAAUAUGGUCAGCUUAUUAAUGAUGAGACCUUGGUCGAGAUCGGGAAGAAGUACGGAAAGACGUCGGCCCAAGUCGCCCUAGUUUGGGGUAUCGAACAUGGCCGUUCCGUCAUUCCGAAAUCAAAGCAUCCAGAACGGAUCAGACAAAACUUUGAUAUCAAUUUCGAAUUGAAACCUGAAGAUCUUAAAAAGAUCAGCUCGAUCGACAGGAAGCUCCGGUUCAAUGACUCAAGCAAAGACUUCGGUUACGAACUCUUCACUGAUCUUGACGGAAAGCAGAAGUGA